AUGUCGGAAGAAAACAAGUGGAAGCCUGAAGGUCAAGAGGAUGAGGAGGAGGAGGAAAUCGACGAGACUGCGUACAAGCAUGCGAAAGAUGCAGUAUUGUUCGCUAUUGAAGUGAGCGACUCCAUGUUGGUCGCGCCGCCGCCCACAGACUCGAAGAAGGCUCAAAGAGACACGCCAACGUCUGCAGCAUUAAGGUGUGCGUUUGCUUUGAUGCAACAGCGAAUCAUAUCAAACCCGAACGAUAUGAUGGGUGUAUUGCUCUAUGGGACUGAGCAAACGAAGUUCCAGUCCGAAGAAAACUCUCGUGAUACAUUGUCGUACCCUCACUGCUACCUCUUAACCGACCUCGACGUCCCAGCGGCAGGCGACGUUCGUUCAUUGCGAGAUUUAGUUGGGGAUGAAGAGGAGUUCCACAAGCUACUCGUACCUUCCAAGGAGAGAGUUCCUAUGUCAAACGUUCUGUUUUGCGCCAAUCAGAUAUUUACAAUCAAAGCAGCCAACUUCGCCUCGCGAAGGCUUUUCAUAGUUACCGACGAUGAUGACCCACAUGGGAGAGACAAAGGGUUGAAGUCGGCUGCCACUGUGAGGGCCAAAGAUUUGUAUGACCUAGGAGUCACCAUUGAAUUGUUUCCCAUCUCAGUACCUGGUCGUACAUUUGACCGCUCUAAAUUUUACGACGACAUCAUCUACAAUAAUUUCCCAACAGACCCUGAGGCUCCUGCACCUAUAUCAGGUGGCACUGCUCCAACAUCAACAUCCGAUGGUAUUUCGCUUCUGCACUCCCUGCUCUCCGCCGUUAAUUCCAAAGCUGUUCCAAGACGUGCUCAAUUCUCUUCGAUGCCAAUGGAGAUAGGCCCAGGAUUUAAGAUUUCUGUCAAAGGUUAUAUCAUUCUUAAAAAACAAGAGCCAAAAAGAAGCUGCUAUGUUUGGCUCGAUGGUGAGAAAGCCCAGAUCGCUACCGGAACAACGGCACAAAUGGCGGAAGAUACUGGUCGGACGGUAGAAAAGGGCGAGAUCAGAAAAGCAUUUAAGUUUGGUGGAGAGCAGGUGACAUUCACGCCGGAAGAAGUCGCCUCAUUGAGGUACUUUGGUGAUCCAGGUAUCCGAAUCAUAGGCUUCAAGCCAGCCUCGAUGCUCCCCGUCUGGGCUAACACGAAGCCGGCAACCUUCCUCUAUCCAACCGAGCAGGACUACAUUGGCUCCACCCGCGUAUUCGCCGCUCUGCAGCAGAAACUCUUGAAAGAUAACCUCAUAGGACUUACCUGGUUUAUACCCCGAAGGAAUGCUAUACCGGCAAUAGCUAGCCUACAUCCUGGACCUGAGCGUCUAGAUGAGUCCGGUGGCCAACUUAUGCCCCCUGGUCUGUGGCUCGCUCCCCUUCCAUACGCAGACGACAUCCGACAGAAUCCAGAGACAACACUCAUCAAAGCACCAGAUCGCCUUGUGGAUAUCAUGCGAGAUGUUGUGCAACAACUUCAGCUACCAAAGGCACAAUAUGAUCCUUUAAAGUAUCCGAAUCCGGCAUUACAAUGGCACUACCGCAUUCUCCAAGCACUCGCCUUGGAGGAAGACAUACCAGAAAAGCCAGAGGAUAAGACGAUCCCCAAGUACAAGCAAAUAGCUAAACGCGCAGGGCCUUACGUCAAGGACUGGGCCGCAGAGCUCCAAGAAUCAUUCCAAAAGUACAGUGAGAGUCACGAACAUCCAUCUGUUCUCCCAACAAAAAGGAAGAACGAUGACGAGAUUGACUUGCCAGAGCGGAGUAAGAAGCUAAAAGCCAGCGAUGGACCUAGUGAGAGCCCUACCGAUCCGGAGAUGAAGGAAGCUUUCGAUCGACAAAAGCUCUCGAAAAUGAAAGUUGAGACGCUAAAAGUGUGGCUGAACGGCAAAGGCCUUGCUGUCAAAGGGAAGAAGCAGGACCUGAUUGAGAGAAUCGAAGAAUAUUUUGAGCAAAAAUGA